AUGACGCUCUACUACACCCUUGUGUUUGCACUUCUCAUGUUUGAGAUGCUGCUCUUCAUGUUCCUGAUUGUUCCUCUACCUCACAACAUCCGCCGCAACAUCCUCACCUUCGUCUCCGAGAACAAGACAAUUGCCCAGAUUCAGCACUGGCUCAAGAUUACCUUCAUCUUCAUCCUCGUCCUCUUUGUCGAUUCUGUCAACCGCGUCUACCGCGUUCAGAUGGAGCUCGCCGACAGCAUGGAGCAGGCUGCCAAAGGUGGCGGCACCGUCGUCCUCGGCCACGAGCGCACCGAAGUCCAGGCCCGCAAGUUUUACGCCCAGCGCAACAUGUACCUCUGCGGCUUCACCCUGUUCCUUUCCCUGAUCCUCAACCGCACCUAUGUCAUGAUCAAGGACAUCAUCCGCCUCGAGGAGCGCAUUCGCGUCUACGACGGCGACAAGAACGCCACCAUCAAGCCCUCGGACGAGGUCGCCGCCCUUAAGAAGCAGCUCGCCCAGAAGGACCUGGACCUCCAGACCCUCAAGAAGCAGAGCGAGGGUCUGCACAAGAGCUACAAUGAUCUCGGUGACCAGUACGAGGCCACCCAGGCCAAGGAGGGCAAGAAGGACAAAUAA